UCUCCGCAAGCGGGGAUGUAGAGGUGGGAUUGCAAGGACCGAGAAAGCUCUGGGAACCCACGCGUUCAGCCUCUGAGAAAGUACGCUUUUCCGAAAUAACUGACGGUGAAUAUUUUUUUUUCUUUUCACAUUUACCAUUAACAGAGAGGCACUCUGUAGGAUUGUGUUCUCGGAGAAGAAGCUUUUUUGCCUCCCCCUGCCCUCUUCUUUUUUUUUGUCACCAUUCUGCACGGCAGGCUGAGAGACGGACCGCUCGGACUGUGGGAGCCCUCCCCUCUGCUCGGAUCUGCUUUGUUUCCAGAUGGCUCAUGGAAGAGCGUGGAUGAGGGCUGAGCAGUAGUGGGGACAGAGGGCUUCGAGGCCUGCCUGUCGUCGCCUGGCUGACUGCUCCAUCGAGGUGAGGUACCGCUCUCACUGGGGCACAGAACGGACCGAGGAAAGGUCCCUCCUUACUCACCCCUGCCCCCUUUCCACCCUCACCCCCAACCCAGGCACAUACGUUCUGGACCAUGUCUAGCGGGCUAUCGGAGGGUGGCCAGACAGAGGACCUGGAGCGGAGUAGCUGCAAACAGGACUCUCCUGUUAUAGAGCGCCGAAACCGCAGUGGCAUCAUCAGUGAGCCCCUCAGUAAGAGCCUUAAGAACUCCCGUACCCUCUCCCAGUAUACAGCGGUCUCCUCUGCCACCACCAAUGGACACACAGACAAUAGUGAGACUAAGAGCCACCCGGCCAAGCCUCAGCCCACCCCGCAGCCCCAACCCACUGUCUCUGCACUGACAGCAGCCAAGUUGGACCGAACCCUAGAACAGGUUCUGGAAGGACAGAAUGGCCUGCUGCACUUUGCCCAGGCAGCAGCACUGUUAAAGCGAGCCGGUAUGGAGCACAUGCUCCUGCCUGGGGGAAUGGGAGUGGGAGUUGGCGGUGGAGACGCAGGCUCGGGGGCUAGCGAUUUGGAGGGUACGUCUGUCACGGACGCCGUAGGUGGUCCUGUUGACUUCCCAUAUGGAGUAGGGGGUGGCUUCCCCUUCAACCCGGGGCUUUUCAUCAUGACGCCGGCUGGAGUGUUUCUGGCGGACAGCGCGCUGCACAUGGCCGGCCUGGCCGAGUACCCAGUGCAGAGCGAGCUGGCCUCUGCUAUCAACUCCGGUAAAAAGAAGCGAAAACGUUGUGGGAUGUGCCCACCUUGCCGACGGCGGAUUAAUUGUGAGCAGUGCAGCAGCUGCCGGAAUCGAAAAACGGGCCACCAGAUCUGCAAGUUUCGCAAAUGUGAGGAACUGAAGAAGAAGCCCUCUGCUGCUCUGGAGAAGGUGAUGCUUCCUACAGGAGCGGCGUUCCGGUGGUUCCAGUAGGACUCCUCCUCCUCCUCCGCUCCCUACCCAAAGCUCUGCCAUGAAGUGCAAUGCCAACUCCUGGAUUGUCUCCGGAACAGACACUGGCUAAUAAACAAGCUAGCAACAAAUAAAAUUAUAGAAAAAAACCCCAACAAAAAACAAAAAAACAAAACUAAUAAAAGCAGAAAAAAAGAGGAAAAAAAUCAGCCGGAUAAUGGAUGCACCUACUUAUUCCUUGAACCAAAAAUGAAAACGUAAAGAAAAGCAUCUAUGGCAACUUUCAUUCCCUUUUCUAUGUUUCCAUUUUGGUACCUUUUGUCCUUAUCCCAGCAGGUUUUUUCUGUCGCUUAAACAUGGAACUGCUCAUUGCCAGAAACAGAAAUGACGGACUGAGUGUGGACAAUCAACUAAUUUCUGUGUUUGGUGUUAAUGUUGUUCAUGUGUGGAAAGAUAAAGUACUUGUGUAGAGAAUGUAAAUUUACAGCUAUAUUUUAAAAACUAGUGGCUAAUGGUAAACAUUAUUGUAAUUCUUCACCAUUAUGUUACUCAAAGCCCUCGUUUUCUUUAUGAUUUCAUUUUACUUUCCAGAAAGAUUUAAGUGGUUGUCCUUUGACAGUCAAGAAAAUGUUUCAAAUUGUGGUGCUGUCCAUUUUGGAUUGUAAUGAAACUUUAAAAAAAAAAGAAAGAAAAAAAAGUCAUGUUAAUGGGCAGAUCACCUGAGAUUCUUCGCUGGCUUGAAGAUGUUGUUCGCCAGAGCCGUCACUACUGUAAUCUCCUCAAUCAGCCCUCCUCUGCAUUUCCAAACUGUUCCUUUAGUGAAACUGGCAGCCUUGUUACUGUGGCCCUACUGAGCAUGUGCCAAUACUGCUCAGGGCAAAAGCACUAAGAGACAGCACUUGCUCUGAGUCUACCCUACUGAAAGCACUGGGACAAGCAUUUUUUUAAAUUUAUUUGUUUAUUUGUCAUAUUUUUAUGAUUUAGUUAUGUUGCUGGGUAGCUACAGCUUUUAAAAAUAACCAAUCUUUGUAUUUGUUUAGAAAAUUGGACUGGUUUUGUGAAUAAAAAGGAAUGCAUGUA